AUGUCCAAGACCUCUGUCUCAGACCACACACAGGCUUCUCGCACGCAUGGCCAGAAACGCGGCCGCUCCCCUUCGCCCUCCCCGAAUCAAGGACCCAGGGGAAGGAACAGGCACCUCGCCAAUCGCAUGACAAGACGAGGUCGCCGAUCCCCCAGCCCCCCACAGCAACCAAAGCAGGCCUCUCCAACCAGAGACACCAAACGUCGUUGCGUCACAAAAUCUGGCACGGGGUUUUUUCAGGCGGGUGCAGCUGGAAAUGGGGCCUUCUCCGCCUGCACCAUCUGUCUCGGCCGUGGCCCCCACAACGUCUUCAAGUGCGAGUCCGACACCCUGUGGGAUGGCACCCCCGCUCGAUGCAAGAAGAACAGCAAUGGCCGCCUUGUCAACCCAGCAGGCAACAUCCUAUGCUCCGACUGGCAGCGACCAAAUGGCUGCUCAUCCACCACCCACGACUCCCGUCACGAAUGCUCCAUGUGA